AUGUCGUCGAAUCAGUCAAAUCCUAUAUUUGUGGAUCCAUCAAUUGUAACACUUGAGAAGGAUGCAUCUACAAUACUGUCAUUGAGUCAGGAUAGACCGCACCAGCAAAAUGAAAGAAAACAAUCACAUUCUUCGAUUCAUAACUUGGAACCAGGAAAUGCAUUGAGUAGAUUGUUGGAUAGUGCGAUGGCUCACGCAGCUAAAGAGUCGACUCCAGAAGCAACAAACACCGAAGCUGGUCAGGCAAUACAAGAUGCAGAUACUGAGACAGUGGAAUUGGAGGCUCUUUUGAAUUUUAUUCCCCCCUCAAAACAAGAUAUGGAGAAUAUAUACUCAAUCAACCGAUUGCUCAAGUUGAAAUUUGAAGUUAAUGAUGUCCCACAUAUCAAAAGCUCAUUACCGGAGUUGUCAUUUUGGAGAUUGAAAGCUCAGCGUGAACCUCACCCAAGACACUUGAAUAACAAUUUGAAUGGAGAAAAUGGUGGUAUCUACAAAAGUAAAAAGUUCAAAAAGCAUCAAAAUGAAACAUGGGAAAGAGGGAAAACUCAUAGCAACAAUUAUGGUGAAAACAAUCAUAAACUGGAUCAUUUCACUCGUCGUGGUGCUCGUCAUGGAUUUGCUAGAGCUGAAGAAUUGGAUUCACUUUCCAAUGAUAAAAUUUCCCAAUUGUUAGGCGAAGGACCCGAUGAGUUGGAACCGGAAUGGGAUGCUGAAAUUAUCGGUGAUGGUAAAAUCGGCAAAUCUUCAGGAGGAGGAGGAGAAGGAGGCGCAGAUGAUGACUUGGCUCAUAUGUCAAUGAUGAAUAUGGGACAAACGGUUGAAGACUUUGAGAAAUGGAAGUAUCAGAUGAAGUUGCAAGAAAGGAGAAGAAAAGGUGAAGUGGUUGAUGAAGAAGUUGAACAGCAAAAAUUGGCUGAUGAUGAAAGCGCGGCAAAGAAUGCCGGUAAUGAAGUUGACAAUUUCUUUUCAUUUAUUAAACCAACACAUAAGGAGCCAGACUUUGAUGAGGAAGUUGUUGUUUCAGCAACAGUUGAGGAACUGGCCCCUCAAGCAAAUGCAAGCGCCCCUGCAAGCAACAAUGCUAGCCAUCGGUCUUCUCGUUUCUCAUCAUUUUUUCAACAACCAAAUACGUCGUCGCCAACUAAACAAGCUGACAAGGGCGCUGUCGAUCAACAGAAACCGCCUGUUACGCUGGCAGCUAUGCCUCCUCCACCAGGAUUUUCAAAGUUUUUUGGAGGUCAAAAGAGUGGUCCACAAACACCACAAUAUACCUCAGAGCCCCCUCUGUUGAAUGCAAGCGAGACUGGAUUGCCCCGAUUGCAAAGGCUGGAAUCUUCUUGGUCAUCACCUCUGGGUCUUCCUCCACCUCAAGCUCAAAAAGAACAUGGUGCUCCAUUGCAACAGCAACAGCAUCAGUCGCAGCCUCAACCACCAAUGCCCCACCAAUCUUCCAAUGACAAUUUCUUCCGUUCCUUAUUAAAAAAGAAGGAAAAUGUCCAGCCAUCUCCACCUUCAGCAACGUCAAGUCCGGCUGUUGAACGUCCACCAUAUCCCGUGCACGAUGAGAAAAGAUCAAGCUUAACUGAAUCAGAUGUAGUGGCAGGCCAAGGCCAGUUGAGUAGAAAAGCAUCCUCAGGAACAGAGGGAGAAGGCCGAUUCAGGGGCGCGCCUCCUCAACAACAGCAACAGCAACCAAUAUACCCCGGUCAACUCCCUCCAGGAUUGUUUCCACCUGGUCAAUUGCCACCUUGGAUGAGUGGACCACCUCCAAAACAACAGAUGGGUAAUCUCCCACCGGGUUUUCAACCUCCUAUGCCACAUCAUCAAUUCCAGCAACCACCACGUCAACAUGAUCUACAACGGGAGAAGGAUAAGCAAGGUGAUUCCACCCAGUCACCUCAACAACCGAAGGCACCCCAACUGCAGCAACAACAACAAAGAUUUUCAUAUCAACCUGGGCCUGGCCAACAACACCAACAACAAUCAGGCGGACGUAUGCCAAUGCCACCACCACCAGGUAUGUUCCCCAAUGGGUUUAUGCCACCUAUGCCCCCACCACCAGGUUCCAAUUUUCCACCAGGGCAAGGUCCGCCACCACCAGGAUUCCGUCAACCUCAAAUACCACCCGCGUUUAUAAAUAAUCCGAAUGCAAGAUUUAUUCCUCCACAGUACUUGGGUAUGCAAGGCGGGUCACCACAGAUGCCUCCACCACCUGGGUUUCAACAACAUCAACCACGCAUGGGGCAGCAAGGGCCUAGUCAGCAACCUCAACAACAAUUGCAACAAUCGCAAUCUCAAAAUCCGGAGAAACAGUAG